UCAAUCCAAAACUUUUGAACUCUCUCUCUCUCUCUCUCUCUCUCUCUCUCUAGGGUUUGCUUCCGAAACCCUAUCCCAAUUUCAAGUAAUUGUGAUUUCAUACUUCAAACCGAAGAAGAGGUUAGGGUUUUCAGAUGAACUACGAGUAGAAGAACUGGAAUGGAAAGUUCGAUUUGCUCAGCAGAAGAUGAUGAAUAACGAAAGAGAAGAACCCAGUGGUGCCGAGUCCAGUGGCCGAUUCCACUCGGUUCAACCACUUCGCGAUCUUCAAUCCAAUUGGGCCGUCGAUCUCUCCAAGAACCUCGAAGAUUAUCUGUUGAAGAUUUGUUCCGGCGAGAUCACCGGCGAUGACAAUGCGCACUUCUCUGUCAAUUUCGCCGAGGCUGCUCUGCUGCUUCAGGGUUCGAUUCAGGUGUAUAGUCGGAAAGUUGAAUAUCUUUACUCUCUGGUUUUACAUGCGUUGGAGUUCAUUUCGCAGAAAAGGCAGCAUGAUCAACCAGAGGGUGCAUCAGUCCAACCAGAAGAAAAUGGUUCUCAUGCAGUACCUGAUGACGAAAAUGAUCAGUUCUGGGGUUUAGAUGAUGUCCCAGUGGAAGCUAAGAACUCCCUAGAUAGUGCAAUUUGCAAAGAUACUCAAUUGAAUCACUUUGCAAAGCCUCCAGCUAAUUUAGUUGUGCUUGAAGGUGAUUGCUUAGAUGUUACUGGUGAUGGCAAUGAAUUAGAAUCCUACCUGUUAGCUACCAAUGAUCUUUACCGGGACUUUAUUCUACUAGACCCAUGUGAUGCAGUAGCAGUUAAUAACUAUUUUAAGGGUGAUAAAGCCGGUAAAGGGCAGAAUGGUAUCUGCAGAGGCAGUUCUCUGGCCUCUAAAUCUCGCAAGGGCUUUUUGUCUCCCAUUAACCAAUCUGGGGGAAUUAGCCACAAGUCAUCUGCUGGAAAGAAUCAGAAUGUUAAUCUUGAUCGAUCUCCUCCAGUUGAUCAUGGCUUAAAAUUUAAAGAUUGUAAUAUUGGGCCUGAUCCUCCUGCUUGUGAUAUUCCUGAAAACUAUGGAUUUGAAAUGGAUGAUAGAUAUUCAGAGCCUGGAGACUUGGAUGAUGAAGAUGAUCCAUGGAAGCCUUUGAAUCCCUAUGAACCCGGGAAUUUGAGAGUAAAACCUUUUAAAAAAGUGAAAUCUUUUAGAAGGCAGGGGAUUAAUUCCACUAAGCGGAUAUCCAUAGCUAUUCAGUUCCCUCUCGCAAGAAUGCAUGGUACCAUUAAUUCAGAGCUCAAUGAUAUAUGGGAAGCACGGCGUCAUGCCUCAGAGAGACAACAAGAAUCCCAAUCUCCUUCAAAAUAUGAAAAGUUGAGAAAUUCACUUAUUCAUGGAGGACGUGAAACUUGUGAAUCAUUUUGUGAUCCCAAUGAUGACAAUGAUUAUGAUAAUGGAGGCUUUGAUUUUGGUCCACCUGAUUUUGACAUGCCAGAGAAUGCAUACGAGUAUGAAGAAGUACCUCUGCAGCCUGAAAAGCAUGAUGAUGGCGAUGUCAGUUUUGAAACCAAUGAACAUGAAGAUCCAAGUUCUCAAGCCAGCCUAGAAGAUCUUUGUCGAUCUCACCUAGAUGCUCUCCUUGCUAGCAUUGCUGAAACUGAGAAACAGACUGAGUUGGCUGCUCGUGUCUCAACAUGGAAACAAAGAAUUGAAAAUAACUUGGAAGAGCAAGAUUCACGCCCACCGUUCGAUAUUCACGAAUAUGGUGAAAGAAUAUUGGAGAAGCUGUCCCUGGAUGCAGACAGUGGAAAUGCCAUGUCAUUUGCAGAUGUCGUUAGGGGACAAGAGAAACAUGAUGUUGCUCGGACUUUUUCUGCUCUUCUGCAAAUGGUGAACAACGGAAACGUGGAUCUAGAGAGGGGUGAUGUUGCUGACGGUGAGGUCAUCUGUUACACUGCAGUGAAUCCCUUCUAUGUGCGGCUCCUUAGCCACGAUAAACGACAGGAUGUGCAGCUCCGAUCAUCAAAAAAAAGAGCUAAAUCUCCCACAAGGAAAGGAUUCAUCAAAGGCGACAAGGACAAGUCAGGAAGAGAGAAACAUGCCGCUGUCAAUUUGUCAGCUUCUGGAUCUCCCUCGACCUCAAUGUCAUCACAGUUGAAUUGCAAGUUCUCAUUAAAACUAGGAAAGGUCGGCAACAUUAGGUGCACCCCUGAAGGUAAGAGGAGACGAAGGUCUCGGCUUGUUGAACCAGUUGACUUACAUUCUACUGGGUGACACGAAAACUCAUUGGCAAGUAAGCUAUUGGGAAUUCAACAAGUUCCAGUUGAAGAGCUCAAUGCGAAUGAGGAAGUGAAUUGCCGUUGUAAUUUUAGAUAACUUAUGAUUAACUGAAGCUAUAUCUCUCAUUGUAAUAUUUUCCUUUUCUCUUUUAAAUUAUUAGUGGAUGUAUUGAUAACUCGCUUGAGAGGAUUGUAACAGAUGUGUUAGUGAAUGCAGAAUUACACUACUUUUGGUGCCCUGUAAAGAAGGAAUUGCAUGGUUGGUGCAUAA